AUGGCUUCCAGCAACGAGUCCUCCGACUCUCGGUCGGCGAGGUCACCACUUCAGCCAACAUCCUCCCUUUUCCAGGCCAGAGCGACGAAACAACUAGGCCUCUUCUUCGCCGGCGCCGGCUUCUUCCUCUUCUCAACCAUGGUCACGCGGCGUGCCGUGGUACGCAAACAGCUCGCCGCGUUUCCCAAAUUCUACCAGCCCAGCCAUUACGCGGCAGGCAAGCAAGGGAACCCUGAGGGAGGCAUGAUUGCAUUUGAGGCCUUGAAUCUGGCCACACUCAACGUCGUCAGUUUUGCCAUGAUGAUGACAGGAGGCGCCUCGUGGGCACUUGAUGUUUCUUCGGUUGACGACCUGAGAGAAAUGGCCCGAAGAAGCCUUCGCGGAGCAGCUGCUCAGACGGACGAGGCUGCUGAGCGAGAAUUCGAAGAAUGGGCUGCCAAAAUUCUGACAAAGUUCGGCAAGAUGCCCGAUGACGGCGCAGUAGCGAACAAGGACAAAAGUGAGGCAGACUCCAAGACAGGCAAGGAGGGACGGUGA